GAGGAGGGAGAGAAGGGGGAGUGGGAGGCUGGUGAGGAAGGAUGUAGCCCGUCGCCAGGCCAGCUGGAAGGUGGGCAGCCGGAGGACCGGCUCCAGGGAGGUUAUAAAAGGCAGGACCGGGACGCAGAAGGACGCGCAUUCUCCGCGCAGCCCCGCGGGGACCCGCCACGCUCCUCCGCUGGAAGCCGAGGAUUUUCUCCCCGACGGCAGAAGCAGCCCAGCAGGAGCGGGGACGCUGCCAGCCAUGCCCCGGGGAGCUGGGCGCAGGGGCAGCUGAGGAUGGUGCCCAGCCUACGUCCUGCCCUCCUCCUCCUCCUGCAGGCGUUUCUCCUCUGGGAUAGCCCGGUGGCAGCCUCCAUCCAGGAGCAGUACUGCGAGAGCCUGCCGCCCGUCACCAACCACACUGGUCCCCAGUGCAAUGCCUCAGUGGACCUGAUCGGCACGUGCUGGCCCCGGAGCGCGGUGGGACAGCUGGUGGCUCGGCCCUGCCCCGAGUACUUCUAUGGUGUCCGGUACAACACCACCAAUAAUGGCUACAGAGAAUGCCUCGCUAAUGGGAGCUGGGCAGCACGUGUCAACUACUCCCAGUGCCAGGAGAUCCUCAGUGAAGAGAGGAGGAGCAAGCUGCACUACCACAUCGCCAUCAUCAUCAACUACCUGGGCCACUGUGUUUCGCUGGGGGCCCUCCUCGUGGCCUUUGUCCUCUUCAUGCGCCUGCGGAGCAUCCGGUGCCUGAGAAACAUCAUCCACUGGAACCUGAUCACAGCCUUCAUCCUACGCAAUGCCACGUGGUUCGUGGUGCAGCUCACCAUGAACCCAGAGGUGCACGAGAGCAACGUGGUUUGGUGCCGCUUGGUUACUGCUGCCUACAAUUACUUCCACGUCACCAACUUUUUCUGGAUGUUUGGCGAGGGCUGCUACCUGCACACGGCCAUCGUGCUCACCUACUCCACAGACAAGCUCCGCAAGUGGAUGUUCAUCUGCAUCGGCUGGUGUAUCCCCUUUCCCAUCAUCAUCGCCUGGGCCAUCGGGAAGCUCUACUAUGACAACGAGAAGUGCUGGUUUGGGAAGCGAGCAGGAGUUUACACUGACUACAUUUACCAAGGCCCCAUGAUCCUGGUGCUUCUGAUCAACUUCAUUUUUCUAUUCAACAUUGUCCGAAUCCUCAUGACAAAGCUUCGAGCUUCAACCACGUCAGAGACAAUCCAGUACAGGAAAGCAGUCAAGGCCACACUGGUGCUGCUGCCCUUGCUGGGAAUCACCUACAUGCUGUUCUUUGUCAAUCCAGGGGAGGAUGAGAUCUCCAGGAUAGUCUUCAUCUACUUCAACUCCUUUCUGGAGUCCUUCCAGGGCUUCUUUGUCUCUGUCUUCUACUGCUUCCUGAACAGCGAGGUGCGAUCGGCCGUACGGAAGCGGUGGCACCGCUGGCAGGACAAGCACUCCAUCCGCGCCCGCGUGGCGAGGGCCAUGUCCAUCCCCACCUCCCCGACCCGCGUCAGCUUCCACAGCAUCAAGCAAUCCACAGCUGUCUGAGCCGGGAGCGAGCGGCCGCACCGGGAGCCGACAUCCCCGCUGUGGGGAACCCCUGGGAAGGGGGCACGGCACAGAGCCAGGUCCUGCCUGUGGCCCCCGCCCCGCAAGGAGAGCACAAACUCACUCGGUCAUGGGACACCUGCACAGCUCCUGCUGCACGUGCUGGGCAGGCCUGGAGGACAGGACAGCUGCGACGCUGCUUUGUCAUCUCCCUGGCAGCUGUAUGACCUUCUGGCGUGGCAGAAGGAGCCAGAGGAGCCUGGAGAGGUUGCAGCAGCCUUCUGCCGGCUCCAUCCUGGGCAUGAUGUCCCAUGUCACUGCUGUUUUCAAGUUUGUCUGCUUUGAGGUGACAGGACAUUGCUGGGGCAGCUUAUGGGGCUAAUUCCCUGGGAAGCUGGGUCAGCCUUCCAGUGAGCACAUGCUGGAAUGCUGCUGGCAGGGGGGAACCCUCUAGAGAAGCCAAAGACCUCUGUGUUGGAAUAGGAUGGAUGGAGAGCCCUGGGGUGAUUGUAGACGUUGCUUCAUGUGACUGUGUUUUUGUACCACUGGGGCUGAGUCCUUCCUGUGUCUCUUGCUGGGUCUUCAGAUGUCCUGUAACUGCUGCUUGGUCUGACCAGGUCAUUUCUCAUCUUGACACCAAGGAUGGGGUAAAGCAAUGGGGUGGGAGAGGGGAGGGAACCCCCCUCCCAUGGGGAUGGGUCCUAGGGGCUCUGAGCAGCCACAGAGAAUGGGCUUGAUCUGGAGGGAAGCACAGGAAUUAGUCCAAUCCUCUGGUCCAGCCCAGAUGGAUCCACAGGUCUCUGCAAAGCCCUGGACAUCAGGCUGACUCCAUGUCCCUGCUCAGAGGCUGGAAAGGUGAGGGAGCCCUGCAGUGGAGCGGUGGCUGAGGUCCCCAAAGGCAGCUACCAUAGGGACAGGCCCUGGCUCUGCCCCCUCCUCCCUGCCCUGCUUUUACCUGGGCAGGUGGGCCCAGCCCAAAGCUGCUCCUUACUCUUGUGCAGGGGAUGGGACCAAACCAUCCCCACACUGGGGUUAAGUGCCUUGGAGGAGCAGCAGCCUCCUUCCCUCCCUUCCCUCCCUUCCCUCCCUUCCCAUCUCUGUCCCCAAGCUGGGGACACCAGAUUGUCCCCAGUUCUCCCUCUCCCCCUGCCCUCUUCCAUGUGGCCACUGAAAGCAGCUGAGCAGAGAGGUCCAUGCAAGCAGAGGGGUUUGCCUUGACCUCUUUGGAGCCACCUUUACCUUGCCGCAUUCAAGGUCUGGGGAUGCCCAGGCAGGGAUUGGAUCACAGCAGGUUUAUGGGCUGUCUGCCCUCUGCAUCCCAGGGAUUUUGCCACUGGGGCCGUACAGGGUCUAGUGUGAGCCCCCUCACACUUCUGUGCCUCAGUUUCCCCACUAUAAAGAAUAGGCAUAAGUGUUUCCUGCCCUGGGGAGAUUUAAGCAUCUUUGACAUUGCAGUACUCUGUGAUUUCUUCGGAUAUACCACAGAAAGAAUAAAAUCUUGCAUUUUUUUAAUUUAAAAGGAGGCAUAGGGAAAAACCUCUCAGUUCUUUCUUCAAACAUUUGUGAAAUUCAGUAGUUUGGAGCAAAUUCCCCCCACUUCCUUCCCAUUUUGGUUUUCUACCUGCAUGGCUACAGUGCAGCCACAUUGAAAAUAUCCCAUUGACUCCAAUAACCUGCUGGGAAUAGCAACAGCUCCCGGUAUGAUGCAGUGACCACAACACAGACCAUACCCUGCACUGACUGUUUCAGUCUUUGUUCAAGUUCAGCCACUGCCAACAGUCCCAGAAACUGCCCCUUCUCCAAAAUACGGGAGUGAAAAAGAGCCCUGGAGUUAUGCAAUGGGAAAAGUGGCAGCUCCCAGCUCUAUGGAUACCUUCUGCUGCUGCCCUACAAGGAGUAGACUUGUGUCUUCUCCUGUGUCUUGGUUUCUCUGUUGGGUACUUUGGCAGGAGUUAAUAAAGAUCUAUUGGCAAUGGAGAAGGGGAAAUGCCCCAAAGAGCUUUUUUUGUCAUCUCUGCUCGUGACAUUGCCAAAAAAUUAUUUGCUAUGUGUUCAAUUUGGAUUUUUCUAAAGCAGGGUCUUUUGGUGGAAAGAAGCUGGAAAUUGAAAACCAAAGAAAGAAACCCAAACAAGCAUCUCUGUUCACAUCACUGUUUUUCUCUUCUCCUCUUGGUGGUCUGCCCCACCUGGCGUGACUCUGUGUUCCGUAGCUGGAGAAGUGUGUGUAUUCUCCGUCCUGUUUGAUUAAAAUUACUUCAAUUCUUCUCA